AUGGAAGGUUUCCCCAAUCCAGCGUCUAUUCCCAGUUCCAAGAUUGAACAAACCUCGUUGCUCGUCUUGGUGUUGGCGUCGACGUCCGCGUCGGUGCCCGUCUUGCAGACGGUGCAAUAUGAUCAUCCCGCGUUGUUGUUGUUGCGCCGUAUUUCCAUACAGCAAAUUGCUGAUCCGGCCUCCGUUGCAGUCUCCUCAUGGACCUUAGUCGCAAUCAGCUGUGAGCGCUACUAUGCUAUAUGCCAUCCUCUAAGAUCAAGGACAUGGCAAACUGUAAGUCAUGCCUAUAAGAUAAUCGGUUUCAUUUGGCUAGGUGGAAUUUUGUGUAUGACGCCGAUUGCCGUCUUCAGUCAGUUGAUACCAACCAGUCGACCAGGCUAUUUCAAGUGCCGCGAGCAUUGGCCAGGUCAGGGAUACGAGCGCUUCUACAACAUCAUGUUGGAUUUCAUUCUACUUGUCCUGCCGCUUCUAAUUUUAUGCGUUGCCUAUAUACUAAUUACGCGCACCCUUUAUGUCGGUAUGGACAUGGGUAAUGAUGCAACGAUAGCUGCAUCAAAUGCCGGUACUUCCAGCAGGAGCAACUGUAUCCUGGUGCUGAAUGUCUCCACUGAUGACAAUGAAAGGAGCAACAACAAUAAAAGUGGAGCAACAACAAUAACAACGACACUAACAAGUACAACAUCAGCGACAUUGACAACGGUAGCACUGGCCAAGCCACUGACUUCUUCAACAAGUGUACAUGGACAUGACGCUGCCCUACGCAGAUCUAAUGAGGCCAAGACUUUGGAGAACAAGAAACGUGUAGUGAAGAUGCUUUUUGUCCUGGUGCUCGAGUUCUUCAUAUGCUGGACACCGCUAUAUGUGAUCAACACUCUGAGCAUGUUUAUUGGACAGGCGCUGUACGAGUACAUUGACUACACAUCAAUAAGUUUUCUGCAACUGAUGGCCUAUUCCUCCAGCUGUUGUAAUCCUAUUACCUACUGUUUCAUGAAUGCUAGCUUUCGACGCGCAUUUUUGGAUACCUUUAAGAGUUUGCCGUGGCAUCGUAGCAGAGGCGACCUCACGACCAGCCAGACAGAAGUGGCCAACACUAUUACUAAUCCCCGCUUGGCCAUGAACACCUGGCGAACACGUUCCCGUCGUGAACAGUUCCUAAACUCUUUGGUGUACACGAAUAACGUCGCGACUGCAAACAGUCCCCAACUCUAAUAAAAUAAGAUUUAACG